AUUUCAUUCAAGUAAUAUACUCGAUUGAGGCAUAUCGAAAAGCGAACGCAGCGUUUUUGUUGGUGUGCUAUUAUUUCCUUUUGAUAUUCUUGGUUGUUAGAGGAAUACAAAAUGCUUGUGAAACGUUGGAAUAUAAAAAGAUUAGCCCUUUACGGUUGUGUCGUACUGAUUCUCUAUAUUUUGAUGACGAGUGGAUCUCGAAAAUAUAAAAUUGAUGUGCUGAUCGACAAUAGUAAACCGGAAGAGGUGUGGGAAUAUGUGGCAGAUUUUAGUAAAAUGCGUUUACUCAACCCGACAAUCUUGGACUUCAAAAUUAUCACCGAUAGUGGGCAUGCACACGAUUGGCGUUAUACAGUCGAAUAUACGGAGCGUUUAUCGCAUUGGCCCUACUGGCUGAAUAAGGCGAAAGCGGAUUAUAUUGUGACUAAGACCAUGCCAGGAGUGGAUCCCGCCGUAUAUGCGAUCGAGUCGAAACAUAAGACUUGCUUCUUUAAAGGCACCUAUUGUUUACACUCGAUAAGCGAAUUUAAGUGCACCGCCGCGGGCAAGGACACCUACUGCAGCGAGCAUAUACAGUACCAGUGCCCACCAUUCUUGGGUGAAGCUUGCCGUCGCGAGUUGGAAUACCAACGCCAAGCAGUCAUACACAAUUUAACCGUUAUUUUCAGUAAAAAACCACAUUCUUACUGACGAAAUUCAAUU